AUGACCCAGACUCAAGCCAAAGACGGCGGGGACGCCAUCCUGGAAGCCUUCCGCAAUCUGGGCGUGGAUUACAUUAUUUCCUCCCCGGGCUCAGAAUGGGCACCCGUUUGGGAGGCCCUGGCACGUCAGAAGAUAAACGAGACCGAGGGCCCCACCUACAUCAACUGCUGGCACGAGACCCUGGCAGUGGAUAUGGCCCUGGGCUACACCCGGGUCACUGGCAAGAUGCAGGCGGUGCUGCUCCACGCCGGCGUGGGACUGCUCCAGGGGGGAGUGGGCAUCCACAGCGCCUUCCUGGGCGAGGUACCCAUGGUAGUCUGCUCCGGCGAAGCUAUCAGCUACGGCGAGAACCCCGAGCUUGACCCCCAGGGCCAGUGGUACCGCAACCUGAGCGUAGUCGGCGGUCCCAAUCGAUUUGUUGAACCCUUCGUAAAGUGGAGCGGACAGGCCACCAGUCCCCACACGCUGUACGAACAGCUGGUUCGCGCCGGAGAAAUGGCCCAGCGCGUUCCCAAGGGCCCCACCUUCCUGGACAUACCAAUUGAGACCAUGAUCCAUGGCUGGUCGCCCCCCGCCAAGAUUCGCCGCGUUGCCCAGGCUCCCAAGACCCAGCCGGCCACCGACUCGAUUGACCGGUUGUCGUCCCUCAUUGCCAACAGCAGCCGUCCCCUGAUGAUUGCCGAAGGCUCCGGUCAGGAUGUGGCGGGAUUCGAUAAUCUGGUCAAGCUGGCCGAGUUGAUGGCCAUACCAGUUACCGAGAGUGCUUCCAUACAUGCAAACUUCCCGAAGAGUCAUCCCAUGUACCUUGGUACCCCUGAAGCUUACCUGAACCAGUGUGACCUGGUGCUGCUGCUAGGCAGCCGAUCACCCUGGUAUCCACCCAAUGCUGGACCAGCCAGCGCCACGGUAGUGGCCAUGGGAGAGAAUCCGCUCAAGGGUCAGAUGGCUUAUCAGAACCUGCUGGCCGAUAUGUACGUCGAAGGUGAUAUGACAAUCACGCUGCAGUUGCUUACGGAAGCGCUGGAAGCUAACGGCGCUGCCACUGGUUCCAACGCAGCCAAGAUUGCAGAGCGGCGGGAGUACUGGAAGGCCGAGCAUGAUCGGCUAAACGCCAACCGGUUAACUGUGGAGGAAGCGGCACGAACCCGCCAACCCAUUGAUCCGGCCUGGCUCUGCGCCGCCAUCAGCGAGGCUAUGCCCGACAACGCAGUCUAUGCCGAAGAGGUAACGUCCCAUCGGGGGCAGGUUAUGCGCCACGUCCAAUGGGACCGGCCCCAGAGUUACUUCCACCCCAACGGUGGCCUGGGCCAGGGGCUGGGUCUGGCUCUGGGAGUUAAGCUGGCAAUGCCAGACCGACCCGUUGUGGCCCUGAUGGGCGACGGGGGUUUCCUCUACAAUCCGGUGACCCAGAGCUUCGGUGUUGCCUGCGAAGCAAAUCUGCCCUUCCUGACUAUCAUAUUCAAUAACGGCAACUAUGAGGCCAUGCGCCGCAACCACCUGCAUUACUACCCGAACGGAGAUGCCGCCCACUCCGACAUUUGGCAUGGCGUUCACAUCCCUGGCCCGGACUAUCCCAAGCUGAUGGAUCCCUUUGGCGGUUACGGAGUGAGGGUGGAAGACCCAGCGGACCUGGUGCCCGCCUUGAAGAAGGGUUUGGAGGCCGUCAACGAGGGACGUAUUGCGCUGGUUGAUGUGGUGCUUUCAAUCUGA